UUCACCCGUACUGUACAGGCAGGGGGGGAGGACCGAGCACAGAGAGCUAAUAAACGCCGUAGAGUUCCCCUGCAGACCGUGGCCAUGGCCUUGGCAGUCCUGGAAAGACACGGCGCUCGCGUCUCCACACACCUGAUAGCGGAUUGAAAGGGGGGCUACCACCGGGAGAGGCAUUAGCUACGCCGUUUGAGACGAGUUUCUAGCCGGUUAUUGGAGUGUACAUCUUACAUCAGUGAAGACGUUCUUCUGUCAAAAUAUUAUCGGUGAAGACGACUGGCCUCUCUCUUCAUAGCACCAGGUGGAGCCCCUGAAGAAACCUACCUGUACAUGUUGAGAGGCAGAGCCGAGCAUCGACUAUUUCCGAUGGACACCAUCAAACCUGGAGCAUUCUUCUUUUUCAAAAGACGUAAGACAGAAAAAGAUUGAUAGAGCACAGUUUGACCUCCCGCCGUCCUCUCCUCGUCCUCUGACCCAGUCACAGAGAACCUCUUCAGCUGUCUACCUCCCAGAGAAAUAGAAAAGGAAAAAAAAAAAAAAAAAAAAAGCAAUUUUAUUAUUUGCUAUCAGUUCCUCUUUUUCUUCUCUUCGUGCAACAUUUCUCCAUUUACCUCAGGGAUUUUCUCCCACUGCCUACCUCCUCCACCGAAACAGCCAACCCAGCGACCGGACCACAGCAGCAAAAACACACCUGUGACCUCUCACUGCUGUUAACGUGACAACCUGUAUUGCCUCUCAAGCUCUCCCCACUGUAACAGUGAUGACCAGCAAUGACCUUGGACCUCCUACCACCUGCCAGCUCAGACCUGCUCACUGCCUGAAUUGUACUGAUCCACACUUGUAGCCUGAACCUCGGGCUCAGUUAUUACCGGAAAGGAAAAGGGUCAUAUUGCCAGAAAAGCAGCUACACACUCACAAUAGCCUCCUGGCAACCAUAUACCUCAACACACACAGCUUCUAGACACUCAAGUCAAGGAAAAAACAGAAAGGAACUUUUCAGUUACAGCAUUCACUGUCCUGGUGCUCAGUCUACCCAGCAGGUAACGUGCUUACCAGCCUGGUGCUUCACUCUACCCGACUCACUGCAGCAUCUUCCAUUUGCCUUAGAGGCAGGCGUAUAGCAACAGUAGCCAAGGAGGCCUCCAGAGAAGAAGAGAGACAGACUCGGGAGUACGGCUUGGCAGGCGACUUCACUUCAUUUGCUCCACAGCGACGUCACAUCACACAUGAGCCUCGUGAUCUAAGCAGUAGCAUAAAUCGGCAAUUGCCCACGAAGCCUUUGGGGAUCCCAGAAGAGACUCAAAAGUUUCUCACCCCCCCACACACACCCCCCACCACACCCCACACUUCCCUCCCUCCUGCCUUGAGCUUCCCCUUCAUCCUGUGAAGCCUCAGGAGAAGUAAAGCUACCCACAGAGCAGGAGAAGUUCUUGGGACCCUCAUCAGCUUUAGAAGAGGCAAAGAAUAAAAAAACUUGCUGGCAGAUUGAACUACAAACCAAGGAAAAAGACAAAAGCGUAAACACUGAAGAUCUAUACCUUGUGACAGCGGAGAGAAAAGGAGGGAAACGAGCAUUACGAGUAAAGAGAAGAAUGCAGUGCUUUCUAUUGCUUCAGCUGACACCUCGCCCACCCUGCUCCUCCCAGCCAAUCACUGCCCAGAUUCUCAGAUGGCUGUCUACUGAAGGGGCCGCCGGCGAAUGCUAAGCAGGCUGGCGAGGUCGGGGUCCGCCUCGUUGUCCUGUGAUUGGCCGCUGGACGGUACCGAGGCUGAAUGGAGCCAAUGUCCAACAAGCAGGAUAGCAACUCCUCGGAGGGGGAGGAGAAAGGAUGGCCAGAUGUGCCGAAGAGAAAGAGGAAGAACAGCCAGUGUUCAGUGAAGAGUAUGUCUGCUCUUAGCGUCUCUGUUCCAGGGUACAUCCCCAGCUACCUGGAGAAGGAUGAGCCGUGCGUGGUGUGCGGUGACAAGGCGACCGGCUACCACUACCGCUGCAUCACCUGCGAGGGUUGCAAGGGUUUCUUCCGCAGGACCAUCCAGAAAAACCUCCAUCCGUCUUACUCCUGUAAAUACGAAGGUUGCUGCAUCAUUGACAAGAUCACCCGCAACCAGUGCCAGCUGUGCCGCUUUAAGAAGUGCAUCUCUGUGGGCAUGGCCAUGGACUUGGUGUUAGAUGACUCGAAGCGCGUGGCCAAGCGGCGUCUGAUCGAGGAGAAUCGAGAGAGACGGAAGAGAGAGGAGAUGGUACGGACGCUGCAGAUGAGGCCAGAGCCAGACACUGCAGAGUGGGACCUGAUCAGGAUGGUAACCGAGGCUCACCGGCACACCAACGCCCAGGGCUCCAGCUGGAAACAGAAGCGCAAGUUCCUGCCGGACGAUAUCGGCCAGGGUCCCAUGGUUCCCACUUCCGAUGGUGACAAAGUGGACCUCGAAGCCUUCAGCGAGUUCACGAAGAUCAUGACCCCUGCCAUAACUCGCGUCGUCGACUUUGCCAAGAAAUUGCCCAUGUUCUCAGAGCUGCCUUGUGAAGACCAGAUCAUCUUGCUGAAGGGCUGCUGCAUGGAGAUCAUGUCGCUGCGCGCCGCUGUACGCUACGAUCCCGACAGCGAGACACUGACGCUAAACGGCGAGAUGGCUGUGAAACGUGAGCAGUUGAAGAACGGCGGGUUGGGCGUGGUGUCGGACGCCAUCUUCGAUUUGGGCAAGAGCCUGGCUCAAUUUAACCUGGAUGACUCGGAGGUGGCGCUCAUGCAGGCCGUGCUGCUCAUGAGCUCAGACCGUUCAGGGCUGACCAGCGUGGAGAAAAUCGAGCAGUGCCAGGAGGCCUACCUGCUGGCGUUCGAGCACUACAUCAACUACCGCAAGCACAACAUUCCCCACUUCUGGCCCAAGCUACUGAUGAAGGUGACAGACCUGCGCAUGAUCGGGGCGUGCCACGCCAGCCGCUUCCUCCACAUGAAGGUGGAGUGUCCCAACGAACUCUUCCCCCCGCUCUUCCUGGAGGUCUUUGAGGACCAGGAAGUGUGAUUUUUACGGCGCCCCCUGAAAAUAACCUUGGACACAUAAGGCAAGGAAUAUGGGGUGGCCUUGACAGCAGAGGAGGUGUGUCGGAAGGACAAGUGGAGAAUAAAAAACUGGAUUUUUUUUUUCUUCAGUGGGAACGUGCCCUGUAAACUUUCUUUUUUUCUUUGUUUUUAUUUGUUUUGUUUUUUAAUCAAACACCCACAAGACCCACCACCUGCCACCAGCAAACAUACACAUCAACAUCACCAGGGAGAAACACAUUGACAAUCUGGCUCUGCUUUUUGUCAUUCAGAGAGGAAACACACAUUCGUAGAUAAUCACAGAUUUAAAUUGCAAACAUACUGCCAUGGACUUACAGUAUAACUAUAUGCAAACACAAAGCUCAUCACACUAAGGACUUUUUCACCUGUAGGGACAAACAGCUGUACUCUGGUCCUGCGACUAAUGCAACCUGAGGAGCUCGGUUAUGGCUCCUCUCCAUCCACCACCACCUCUCACCUCAGAAAAGUGUUUUUUUUUGUUUUUUUUUUAAAUAUAUAUAUCUCUGGGACCUGACCAUUAGCUCCUGAGACAGCCCCCCCCUCCCCUUCCUUCCUUAGAUCUCUUUAACUGCAAUGGCGUCUGACCUCCAUCCCAACCCCUCAGUCUGCCGAGGCCCUGUGAGUGUUUGUCAACCUACCUCCCUCACGUACUGACCUCUCUAUCUCUCUCUGUCUGUACUACUACACACACACACACACACACACACACACACACACGCACAGUAACACACAGAGUACGUGCACAAUAUGCACCCCUACACUUUUACCUCAUACCGUGUGAAAUGUAUUUUCUCAUUUAUUGUGUGGGUGGUGGGAGUCCAGUGACAAACCAUGCUCACUUACCUGUUUAACUCUCAGCUGGCGUUCGAGGUUGCAGUGGGAACACUCUGUAUGAGACCUUUAAACCGUAAUGUGUUAUUCAUACACACUAACCUGUGUGACACAACAGUUGCUGUGUGCAUUAUUAAGUCUCAUAUAUAAAAUAAUAGGUGUGUUAAUAAUAAAUUGAAGGGUAUAAGAUGGUGCGAAUAUCACAGUGCUUGCUGUGAACAGACUGAUUAGGGAGUUUGAUUACAGCAGCAGAAGAGGAAAUUGUGUUUUGAUAUCAUAUAGUAAGUGUUUGUUGUUUGCUUCAGCGAUAGCGCGACAUUUUUGGAAACACACUUAUUCACUUUCUUCACUUUCUUGCCAAGAAUAUCCAGCAGCCAGUUAGGUUAGCUUAGCACAAAGACGGGAAGCAGAGUCACUUCUGGACAGCCGGACUAGCUGUUUCUCCCUGCCACCAGUCUUUGUGCUAAGCAAAGCUAAGCUAACACCUUCUGGCUGUAGCUUAAUUCUCGUCUAACGCUCAGCAGGUAAAGUAAAUGAGCUUAUUUUCCAAUAUGUGGAACAUGGGUCCAGAGUAAUAUAUUUCAACAUCAGUCAGAUUAUUUGCCAUUAAAUCUCCGCUGAGGAUGAACUGUAAUGUCUUUCUGUCAAAAUGUCAGUUUCGCCAGUACUUUGGUUUAUGACUAAAUACUUUUAAAACUAAUUCCCAUCAGCCUCAGCUGUGCUCAGUGUUGAUUAGCAAAUGUUAGCAUGUUUGCUUAAGUUAAAAAUGGUAAACGUAGCAAACUACCCAAACAAGAUAAAUCAAGCUAAAACAAAUUCAAGUCAAGAUUCAUAUUUUGAUCUUAACAAAAGAUCACAUAACUACUCGCAUAUAAAAGGGGUCACUUGUAGUGAUAACACCAGAUGUCGGUGGAGACCAAAACAGAGCUGUUAGCAACUAGCUAGUUAUUUCAUUGUUGUGUUCAUAGUUCACAGCAAAUUCCUCAUUCAAUAUGUUUACAGAAAGCACUGUUUCACUCACAAGGCUUUAUACCUGUUCUUGCAAAACUGAGACUUGAACUUAUAAAAGUAACUGUUGUUGUAAUGGUUUAAUACAUUAUAUGCAUUUUCAAAGUGAACUGUAUUGUAACUACAGGCUACAUUUUACAGCGUCACCCACUGUACUUAAAAAAUAUAUAUAUGUAAAUUAAUUAUAUUCACAAAACUUAAUUAAAAGAAACUAAUUAUAUAUAUUAUAUAUAUAUAAUAAUUAUAAUGUAUAUACAUAUAUAUCUAUAUAGCUAGAAUACCUCUCUGACACAUACCUCUUGUUUUCAGUACCUCACACACAUACAUGCACAUUACACACACACACACACACACACACACCCAUUCAGUUGUUUUUUGAUGUAUUACCUCAGUAACUUUGUUUCUCAUCAUCAUCUCUCCUUCCUCAUGAAUAACCACUCGGCUGCACCACACUUCCUGCCUCCGUGUGUGUGUGUGUGUGUGUGUGUGUGUGUGUGUGUGUGUGUGUGUUUGUGUAUAUGUGUGUGUGUGCGGGCGUGUGUGUGCGGGUGUCUUUUCUUUGGAGCCCUGCCCUCCUAAUUGUACCGUAGCCCCUCCUCCUCACCUCCCAGCUGUCUUGUGAUAGGUCGAGUGCUAGCAGAUGGUAGUGGUGAGAGGGGAUGUCGCCACUUACUUCUGCAGGCCUCCCCCGUCAGCCUGUACCUUGUCUCAAGUCCCGCCUGAAACUGACAGAUUCUACCUCACCUUUCAUCUCAGUGCAGCUGCCCCUUGGUCUGCAACACUAAACAUGCAUGCACACGUAUAUAAACAUGUACAGACGGGUGACGAAUUAAAAGGAAAACCUGUAGAAAUUAGUGGAGAAACGAAUGCACACAGGUGCGCUGCAUGAAGCAAUUAACAUCCAGUCAUGCUCUGUGGCAGGUAUAAAAAUGCUGAGCAGGCCCAGCUGAUUCUCAUUCAGCAUCAAGAUGACAAAGGGAAAAGAUCAGAGGAACUUUGAAAGAGGGUUCACUGUUGGGGCAGGAGCGUCGGUCACAAAGAUGCUCGAUGACUCAUGUUUCAAGAUUCUGGAGAUUCUGGACUGACGUGUUAGACAGCGCUCUCCACCACCAUCAUCAAAACACCAAGUCUUUUGGAAGAGUCUCAGAGUUGUAAAAUCAGCGCAGCACUGAAGCUGCUCUGGUGGCACAUGUUGGCCCAACACCUUAUUAAGACACUUGAUAUUGGUUUUUCAUUUCAUUUGUCAACCGUCUGUAUAUGUACAUGUAGUGCACAAAUGAGUUGCCAACAUGGACCCAUUGAGUGUGCUGCUCCACCGACAGUGUACAGCAGGUCUUUUAAACGGACCAUGGAUCAACAUUUGACAGCUGACAUGGCAGACGUUGUAAUUUUCUCCCCUAUUUUUUUUUUUUCAUUUUUAUCACGCACCACACGGGACCAACAGUCGCUUUGGAGUCUGUUUUUAUUUAGGAACCUGAAAUGACAGAAAAGAGCGCAGGGGUGAAUUUGUGACAUUGCAGUGUGCACUGCAUAUGAACUGCAGCUGAAGCCAUUUUGGCCCGAUUGGCUCAGGCCAACGGACUAUGUGGGUGGUGACUGGGAAGUCAAGAAACAACGAGUGAGUCAGCAGUAUUUGCCUGUGGAUAUGGUUUCAUCCUGGCCGACGGGAGGAAAAAAAAAAACAGUGAGCAAGCAACUGUGGUGGGUAGCGAUGUGACUCAGGCCAAGUCGAUGGCGAACCACCACAAUAAAAUGAACCUUUUUUCUCGCACCUACGGAACAUCUUCAGAUCCUUCGCUGGCAGACGCAGUGGAAAUGGACACCGGGCCGUUUAAAUGACAUUCUGAGCAUCUGUCCUAUCCCAGAGACUUACACUAUGAAUUAAUCACUGCUGAAAUAAACUCCACCAACCACAUCCCAACUUGCCAUCCACUACAAAUAACUAUCAGGUUUUUUUCUGUUGCACUAAAACCACAAUGUCUGUAUCCCUUAGUAGACCUGAACCCUCCCUUUAUCCCCUCCCCCCACAUCUUUCCUGUCUUUAGCAGUCUUAAUAAUAUUCUCUAGAAUAUGUCAAACACACACACACACACACACAUAAAAACACACAUGGUCCAUUAACUCAUCUCCUGAUUACCUGACGAAACCAAUAAGGACUGUGACAUGGCCUUUAGGCGCCGCCACUCUCAGUGUUCAAAUCUACGUUGCAGGGUAUUUAAAUAGAACCAUAAGCGCUAAUUAUACAGGGAUAUAACACACACAGCAGCAGCACACACACUCACACACACACAUACACACACAUACCGUACUCUGCUCACUAUCACUGUGAAUGAAAGCCAUGUUGCAACCGGGUAAUGGUUCAGACAGGGAACCGCUGUCUUAGUAAUUCUGGCGUAUUCAUGUGCCUCACAGAGGCCGGCAAUGAAAAUACACACCAUAAAGUUAUAUACAUAUAUUAGAUAUUAUAGAUAUAUAAAUAGAAACAUUACACUUAUGUGGCAUUAGUGCUAUCUGUGGCUGAAUUAAUGCUCCCAGCUCAAAUCAGAUAAUGAGUCUGUCUGACCAGUCAUGUAGCAGAGGGUGUCAGAACUCAGUUGAGCCACCUGUACUAAUAUCUGUAAAGUAAUAUUUAUGAUUUUUUUAUUUUUAUUUUUUCAACGGACGUCAUAAUGUAUUAUGAUGCUUGUUUGCCUUGUGGUGAUCACCAACUGAUCUUGAUAGUUUACCCACCUUUUUGCAUACCUCUACAUCACUUCAUAGCGCACAAGAAGUACCUUAAACAAGAGAAAUGUUGGUCCCAUCUUGGGACUGCAAAGAUGAGAUCAGGUCUUGUCCACAUAGUUGACAUGAACUGAGAUUUAGAUUUGAGCUGGCAGCACAGCCUUUCUCUCUCUUUUCUCUCUCUCUCUCUCUCUCUUAGCCAAAUGAUCACUGGAGAAAUCCUCCCCCUGUCCUUUAAAAAACAAAUGCACACCAGCACCACAGAGCACACUGCCUUCAGUCAUGAUCAGUUGCACCAGCAUAGCAGAGAGACAGACCGAUAGUCAGUGACCAUCCUCCUCACCAAAAAGCAGUUUUACCCAGACAUCAAUGUUAGCUAUCAUAAUGCUAUAUGUUCAGACAGCAGGCCAACCCUGUUAGUUCUCUAAACCUGGUUAGUUAGUAGUGUAGAUUUAGAUUUAAUUGACUAGAUUGAAUCUGUGUAUGGACAGAAUGUUAAUUUGCUGUCUGUACGGCCUUGGUUGACGUAGUGGCAACACAACCAAGUACGCAUGGCCAACAACUCGAGAUGCUGGAACAAACUAAUGGCACUGUGUGCUGCUUCUACCUUUUUAAGGCUUCGUUACCUCUGUUCAUUGCAUUCAUGAGAGAGGACACCAUGAAACUUUCUUCUUUUCUCAUAAGCUACUGUGCUAGAUACUACCGGUCAAAGGUUUUAGAACACCCCAAUUCUUCCAGUUUACAUUGAAAUUAAAGCAGCUCAAGUCCAAUGAUUCACCUUAAAAGGUUCAAAGGUAAGAGUAAAAAAAUGUAGGUCACUUAAAACAAACUUAAUGUAAACAGUUCUCUUUUAUGGAUUAAGAUAUUGUUUGACUUCCAGCUUUCCUGCAGCAAUAGAAGCAGAUGAAGCCUUGAAGGUUAAUACAAACAACUAUUGUUGAUGACUUUCAAACCCUGUGUCUGUACAAAGGCAGUGUUGAAACAAACUGUGUUACCACACCCUCUGAUGCAUCAGUACUGCAGGACUGUAUACUGCUUUCAGAAUGGUGAGAAAAAGAUGAGUAACAAAGGAAGACAGACCGGUCGGUUAGAGGUUCAUCCUACAGCAAGAUGAGCUGAAAAAAGACCAGCACAGUCUCCAGACUUAAACCCCAUGGAGCUGGUUUGGGAUGAACUGGAAAGCAAAGAAGUGCAACACAUUUGUAGGGAACGUCUGCAACGGUGUUUGGACGAACCUUCCAGACAGUGUUUCAUUUCCACUGUAGAAAGAUGCAAAUUUAGACUAAACCUUUAUUAUUUAUUUGUUCUUUGCUUUAAUUUCAGAAACACUGAGACGUUACCCUCUAAAUUUCAGUAACAACUGGAAAAACAGAGGUGGCGUAAAACUUUUGACUUGUAGUGUAUCAAAAUUCAUAAUUAAUAAUGGAUUUGCUCUGCAUGUUUGACAUGGCCUAGGCGGUGGUACACAAGGCAAUUUUGCAGGCAAAGCUGAAUUGAAAUGCCUCCCAUGAAAAGAGCCACAGAGUCAAAAAAAUUUUUCUUGUGACAGUAAAGCACUGUUUGACAAACGCAGCAACAGUUGAGGCACUUUAAAAAGUUGUGCUCUGUAUCACUACCCUGUCACGUUCCACGCUUCCCUGCCAAACUGCGAAAGUAGCUGAGUCUCCAUCUUAUCUGCACAGUGACCACAGAAUUGUGUUUUCUCUCUCUCCGUCUCUUAGAUUAAAGUUAGGGUGACGUUACGUUUACAAUGAACUAAAAUGUGAACUUGAUGCUAAGCUCUGCCGCUGCAACAUGGCACAAAACUCAAACAACCACUCUGAAGCAGUUCAACUCUCAUGCAACUCGUUUUCCACAAACAAACUACUUCUACUACUUUUAUUACUUACCCAGGGAAACAUCAUUUCCCUCCUCCUCACAUCUCUUUCCCAGUCCUUCCAUCUCUACUCCGUCCCCCCCAAUAUUCCCAUUCUGCUCUCCUGUUUUUUCAGUCUUACAUCCCCAAUACCUUCUCUAUUUAUUUCACUCUGUCCUCUUAGCGUGCACCUCCUUCCUCCCUUCCCACACACACACACACACACACACUCACAGAAAAUCUACCCCAACUCAUCCUAGCACCCUUUGGCGGAGAAAGACGACAAUCCCUGCAGGAAUAUGUCCACAUGUGGAAUGUAAAAUACUGAAAUUGUACGAUUAAAGACACGAUGUGAAGUCCCACACAUAUUGUUUUUGAUGUUGUUGAUGUUGCUUUCGUUGUGCACCAAGUGUUCGUUGUUCUGCUUAUUCUAAGGCGGAUGAGUUUGCGGGUGAGGUUAAAACCCCCAAUCAUGUGACAGACUGCUACUGAAAAGUCCCUUUUUUAAAAAAAAAUAUAGUAUGGUUAUAAAAGCGUUGUGGCGUGAGGACUGAAAGCCCUGAACAAUGUAAAGCAAGAGAUGAGGUGACUUUGUUUUGGAUAGAGAAAAAGCUGUUUUUUUAUGAUUAAUCUUUGAUGUCAUUAUUAAUUUGCAACUGAUUUUCUUGGUAAGUGAAUGUUUGUCUAUCUGUGUUGAUGCUUUACUGUGAGAAAAUGGCUGUAUAUGCACUUUCAAACCAUCGUUGGUGCAGUGGUAGCUAGUGCUCAAAUAUCACCCAAGGGUCAGGGUUCAGUUCACCCUCAGUUCAGCUAAUUGAAAAAGAAGAUCCUUAAAACUGUCAGCUGUUUAUCCCUAAUCAAAUAUAGCAUUUGAAUUUUAAAGUUGCCUCAUUCUGGCGUUAAAAUCUACAAGAAAAAAGUGUUGCACAUUCUUAAAUACAAUAUGAAAGUAAUAUUUAGGAAUAGGCCCAUUGGUCCCGUGACAAGCAACUGAUAAAGACUUUUGGUACUGGAACUACCUUUUCAGUGUGUAUGCUAACAUUUUAAUAUAUGUAAGUUGUUAUAGUUGUUAUUCAAACUAUAACAUUUCAGUAACAAAAACUUUGCACUUAUUUGAAAUCAUACUUCUGAAUUUUUUCUUGUUUUUUUCUGAUUAUCAAGAUCUAAAGUCUACAUUUGAGUUUUCCCGCCUUUUUUGUCAGUUACUACCUAUGAUAGGCUAAGACAUUGGAAAUAUACAUUAAUAUACUUUCUUGUGAUCUUUAAAUUCAUCUUAAUUGAGCAAUGGUUAUAAUUUCCUCCAGGAGUUUUUUCGAAUCUAGCUAAUGGCUACUAGCUUCUAGUUAAUGACUACUAGCUUUUAGUAGCAAUUAGCCAUUAGCCACAUUUGAGUAAUUAGCAUUUCAAUAACCAACAUUUCUACACACUAUUUACGAACACUCAUACUUGUUAAAGUUGUUUUAGGUAUGAAAGAAAAUUUCUUCUUCACAGAGACCUUUCCUGCACACUCAUACAUCCACAGCUAACAAGCUAUUUUGCUAACUUGACAACUUGUUUAAUGUAUCUUGCUUUUUGGUAUAUGAUUAGCUGUAAAGGAAAUAUGUUGUAUCCUUUCAAUAGAAAAUCAGCCACAAAAUGUCUUCAACUUCUCAUAUUCGUAGUUUUAGUUUAGUUUUAAAUCACUAGUCAUCUAUACAUCAACAUAUUGUAUCGCAAACCCUUAGCAUGUACAUUGCUUAUCUGUCUUAUCUGUCUGCUCCCACUCUCAUAUUUAGUAGUAGGGACCAAUGGGCUUAAAGGUUUUUCUUAGGGACUGUUCAAAAAUUACAGGUGUGGGGAAGGGGGAUGAACGUUAUGUUUUUGUUUCAUGCUCAUCUCACAGACGCUUUACAUACAGCGUCUCUAAAUAAUUCACAAUUGAUACAUAUGUUUGUUUGUUUUUUUACAGACAGUAUGAACAUGUGGGGAGGUUUAACUUUUUUAAAAAGCAAGACAUUCAUAUUUUUAUUUGAAUCCCCCCAUUGACUGCAAAAACAGUUCCCCCAAAUAUCUCCUAAUAAUGUAACAGUAUUGGUACAACAUGAUUCAUCAUUAAUAGUAAGUCAAUGAGGCAAAGCAAAAAGACUUUCAGAUUGUGCAGCGUAACCUUAAUGUAACUACAUUAUGUUAAUUUUUUUUAUUUUCCAACAAUUCAUUUGCAAGGGAAAUUUUAGAUAAAAUAUAAAUUUCUGGUGAGAUAAAAAUUCAAAGAUCUUCUCCUGCUCCAUCAUCCAGUUACUUGAGCUGAAUGUGAACGAACCUGAAUCCUGCUUUCCACGGUUGCUUGGACUGUAUCACUUUUAAAGCUGGGCAUCUGCUCUUACCCCUGAUCUGGGUCAAUAAAAAAACAACAACAAAAAAAACAGUAACAAAACAAAACCCCAGCUCCUGAUCCUAGCCUUUAGAUUGCUCAAAAUUAAUCUGACCUUAGAUCAGGGCUCAUUUUGCGAUGUAUAAAUCUGCCAUAUAUUAAUCUCAAUGUUGUGACAAAAAUCUUGCUUUUGGUGGAAGACAAACCUCAACUUACAAAAAGGAAAGACAUUAAGAAACACAUUUUAAAAGAUCACAAAAUAGAAACCAAAAAAAAAAGAGAUUUAUACAACUUUUCAUACCUCAUCACACUGCUUUGUGCCCAAGUUAAAGGAGGCGGAGUGAUCAGUUUCAAGCAUGGAAAAAUCACCAGUGGUUGGCAAAGUAUGGACCCAACAGUGCUCUCAGGAAGAUUAAGAUGUGGCCCCAAAUUUUUCUUCACUAAAAACUGGUGGCUUGAAGAGUUUAGAUUUGAGUUACUGGAGUCUCCCACAUCCCUGAAAUGGAAUACUGGGAAAAAAAAGCACUUAAAAUGUGAAAUUAUAGAGGAUGGGUAUUUGGUAUAAAUCCUCACAGGGUAUGUUCAGGUUCACAUGGCUCCAGCAAAAAUGUUUCAAAAUUACAGCACUUUCACAGCAUGAAAUACGACGCCAUGCUGUCAUCAGCUGGCAGAUACUUAUCACUUCUCCUGCGUGUGUUCUGCUCUGACAAACCAAGAGAGGACUGAAGCCUCAUCAACACACGAGUUGCAGUGCACUGAAUAGUUUGGCCAAAUGAAACGCGUAAAUUACAGUCUCCAAAUAAUCAGCAAUGGCAAGGAAAUUAAAAACGGUGACCUCGCCUCCCGAAAGCUUUGAAGAGAGAUGUUUUCCCCUUCAAGCCUUCAAAUCUUGUCAAGUGAAAAUAUGCAAUUACACACUUGUAUUUGUGACCAGUGUACUUUAAUACAGGCCAGUAAAUUGUGCCUUGAAUAAGAAAGAUUUAGGACGUCAAGUCCUGUACUACUACUCCCAUGAUGACAAUGUCCUCUCUUGUUUUUGUUCGGUGCUCCCUGCAGCUCCCCUUCACAGCAGCUUAAUGCACUAAGCACACAACCCGGCCCUAAUUAGCGAAUCUGAGAGACAUCAUGUGAGGCCCUGCGCAAGCAGUAGGUUAUUUCCUGUUUGCAAAGCAGCCAUCUUUUUUUUUUUUUUUGGCACAGCACAGUGUUGAAUGUAAAGCUGAGUGAGAUUUGGGUUGAACCGCCCCAGAGGAGAGGUGGAUGGUGUAUUUGAUAAUGCUGGUCAUGGGUUUGUGAUGGGCACAGUUGUUGUUUGUCUUGUUUUCUGUGACAAAUCAUUCAUGGCACAAUCACAGAAUGGCAUCUCAAUGGCUCAAAGCUGUUUGUGUUUGUGGCUAUGUGACAUUCAUUUUCAGCAUUAAAAAAUUAUUUGAUAUCAA